GCCUUUGUUGAGAGACACGCUAGAGUCCAUUCUGGUUUGCACAUUUCUAUACAGGAGAAUACACCGGAUAUCGUAGUGCAUACAAUAAGGACGCAAUGACUUUAGGACGACGGCUCUCUGUCGUUACAUAUGUGUUAAUAAAAUUGGAUAGGGUUUAUGUAAAAAAUAAAUAAAUAAACAAUAAAAAGGGCACCACUUAGAUAUGAUUUAAUUUGAACCAACAGUGAUAUAUUUUCCCGUAAGAAUUAUCUAAAUAAUCAAAAUACUUUAUGCCUACAAUAAAUUUACAUGCAUUAUAUUUAUAAAUAACUCUUCCAGUACCCGUUGAGCGUUUGUAUUUUGCGCAAAUACACUAAAAUUUACGUUAUUCGUCUCAGAGUCAUAAAUCAGAGAGUCUGGACCGUCUGAGCUGUCCCACUAUGCUGAUUGGUUCUGAGCUUGUUUCGUGGGCGCCAUGUUUGCUACAUCUAACCAAUAUUCACCCAGCAUGCCCAUAGCAUGGUGGCAAUAACAGAUGAUAAAGUUAGAUAAAUUGUUAAAAUAUGCCACAGUGCUCUGCUUACGGCUGCAGCACAGGUGUGGGAAAGGGGAAAAAGCUCCACCGUUUCCCCCGUGAGCAACAACGGAGAAAGAUUUGGGAGCAGAGGGUUAAAAGGAAGAACUGGGUGGCAUCUGAUUUCUCCCUGUUAUGUGAGGACCACUUUGAUGAAAGUCAGUAUGAGAGGGGCAGAGCUGAUGGCCUGAGGAAGCUCAAACCGAAUGCUAUCCCAACACUGUUCAUCUUCACACCACCAAAGGUCCCUGGGAGAUCCACCAAGCGCAGUGUGACACAAGACCAACCGUGUCCUGAUGGGCAGGAACGUAUACAACGCGACCAUUCGUAUUGCUGUACAAAAUGCUCUACAUCCCUUGAAGUUCAAAAAGAUAUCCAAGUUGACCAUGACCAGUUUGAUCUGACGGACAACACGUGCAGUGUUGGAGCUGUAAGCGAGGAGACGGUCAGCAGGGAGACAGCGUGCAGGGACAAUCAGUUGAACACCUUAAAAAAACAGGUAUCCUCACUCCAGUGGGCUAAAAGAAAGUAAAGAGAAGUGGAAGGUCAUCGGACAGAGAAAACAAAUUGAAGCAAAUAUUUUCUUCAACACAAGCCAGCCUUCCGGACAUAGCCAAGAAAGUAUACGGGUGAUAAAAUGAUCAGCUGAUUGAGUCAAAUAAGGUCUUCAAUUAAAGUUAACUUGUGGUCCUA